ACUUGCUGUAGAGCUUCUCAGUGGACGUUCAUCGGUUGUUGGACAUUCUUUGUAGAACUCUGUCAGCAGUAUUUUGUCCAGUAGCUGUCCUUAACCCUCAAGGUUUAGUGUAAUUAAUCUGUGUAGAACCUUGCUGGAAAGCCGUGGUUAGCUUGGAUGCAGAAUUCGGUCCGUUUGUGUGAGAGACUCUGAACACUAGAAGGCCUGGAUAAGAAAGGAACUGGACUGGGCAAGAUGGCCACUGGCCAAAGCGACUUGAACACCGCCAUCUCUGUUUUGCGGGUGCUGCUUUGCACUUUUGGUUUCACAGGAAAUGCUCUUGUCUGCAUUACCAUAGGUAACACAAAGUCCCUGCACAAUGUGACCAAUCUCAUGAUUCUGAACCUAGCGGUGGCAGAUGCAUUGGCUUGCUUCUGUGCCAUUCAUCAACCGUGGAUCAUUGAUUUGUACACACUGUACCCGCCCCAGAAUGCUACUGAGUGUUCCCCAGAGCUGUUCUUUCAGCACGACAGCAUUUUUGUCUACUAUUAUGUCAAAAACUGCUUCUACACUCACUCUGUGCUGGGUCUGAUGCUGGCAACAGUUGAGCGAUUUGUAGGCAUUGUCCGACCGCUGCACCACCGCAGUUUCUUCAGCAGGCGGAAGAUUGUCCUCUUGCUGGUGGCUAUGUGGGUUGUGCCAUUUGUUGUAGAACUGCCCCAAAUUUUAUUUGUCAUCAUUCAUUUCCGCAAAAGCUGUCCAUAUACUGAACCUGAGUCAGGCCUUUUACUGUGUGCCUCGUCGGUGCUUUUGCUUGCUAUACCAGCAGGGGCAAUUUUCCUGAUGUACGCCAGAAUCCUCUGCAAUCUGAAGCGGGGCACCAGGACACUGGUGGCCCAAGGGAUACCGCAGCCAGCCCAGCAAUUGCUCCAUGCAUACAAGAAAGUCAGCGGUACCCUGAGUGACAUUACUGCAGCUUUCUUCCUGUUCAUUUUCCCUUGUCGCAUCUGGCGGAUCGUGCUAAGCACGGGGACUGGUGACAUCAAUGACAGCAUUGUCCUGCUGAGUGCUGUGGAGCUGUUGACCAUGUUGAAUUCCGUCAUCAACCCGGUGGUGUACGGCUUCAAAUAUGAUCAGCUGCGGCAAGCCUUCAAAGCCAUUGUAUGCCCAUGUGACAACAACAAAAAGCCCUUGCCAUGGACCAUGAGGAAAUUGGUGAGAAUGUGAGCCCUUGCCAUGGACCAUGAGGAAAUUGGUGAGAAUGUGAACCCUUGCCAUGGACCAUGAGGAAAUUGGUGAGAAUGUGAGCCCUUGCCAUGGACCAUGAGGAAAUUGGUGAGAAUAUCACAUGGAUGUGUUCAAACUUUGUGGGAAAAAACCGGUAUUUAAUGAGCUGUGCAUCAAACUGUAGAAGCUGUGUUGACUCAGUUUAUCUCAAGCAGCAAACAUUUGCAGGAAUCUGUGAUUCAACAGAGGAGAUGUUGUAUAGUAAGAUUGCUGCCAGGUAUCUGGUGAAAAUUGUCUGCAUAGAAUUUGAGGCAUUAACACUGCCGAAACCAGUCUCCUUUGUACUUGUUCUGCAUCCAGCUAGUCAGAUAUAUGUUCGGCAGCCAGCAUUCUAACCAGCAUGUACAUGUAGCUACACUCGGAGUGUCGUUGGCAUUAGAAAAAUACUGGGCUGGAUGUUGAAUUCUCUGCUUAGCAAAGGAGAACCAUUUGAAUAUUGCAACAGACUUUGAGUUCAAUCAAAUAAUCGUACGUGCAAUUUGUUGGCAUGGGCUUGAUACUGUAUAUAAUCAUAAUGUGUGAGGAGUGUACCUAUGAAGGCAUGUACAUAUGCAUAGGCAUACCGUACUUUUGGUGGACAUGUCUUCAGCAACUUGACUUAAAUUGCGAACACUUUAAAAAUACAUAUAGAAUGUGCAUAAUGUACAUGCGCCAUACCUGUUUUAUAGCUACAGUGUGAACCAGCUGUGAAUUUGUCAAGAGCUGACUGGCUUCUACUCUGUACAUGUAAUUCAUGUGGAACGACGGCACUGUUGCACCGUGUUCUCCAACUUCUUUCCUUCUUUUCUGCAUGUACCUGCACCAGCUGUGAAAUUUGAUGUCAUUAGAAUUAAGAAAAUACAAUAUUACUAUGGUGAAGCGAAAGGAGUGACAAUAGAAUUGUGCGAAACUCCAGCAGCGUACAGACUUUGUUCCUCUACAAGAAAUGUGGCCGUUUUGGCCAAGUUUGCCAUCAGCUUUCAGUUCACAAGCCUGUAUAUCUUAGUGAUGAAGAAAAUGACAGGCUAGAAAAAGUUCUUGGUUGAAACAUUUGGUUCAACUCGCAAGAUCUUCUCUCAACCAACCUCUCAACCAGAGGGAAAUUUGUGCACGUACUUCAGAGCAAUUUUUUUCAGGUAAUUACCAGUUCUUUGCUCUUAAGUUAUGUCUCAUGAAUUUUCAUCAUUUUCAGUGAGUCACAACAUCUUGUGUAACUUUCCACACCGUCGUUUUCUGUGUGCUCUGGCUGCCGUAUUUUGAUGUGAAGUCAAAGUUUAAAAAAGCCAGUAAAAAGAAGCUUUUUUUUUGUUUUUUUAAAGUGGACUCACUUGAUAUACAUGUAAAUGUUCUAUUUGAGACCAAACCUAACAAAGUGAAUCACAAGUUACCAAAGCUACUGUUACAAUGCAGUUCUUUUUCCAAAUUUUGCUCCAAAGAA